CAAUGUGUUGCUGUGGAAAGAACAGAAAAUUCUGAGCACGAGAGCCAACUGUACAGUAUAGGGCUUGGAUGGAGAUGCAUACACAAAGAAAAGCCCUAAUUUCUUGUCAGAGAAACUCUUACUUGUUACCAAGACUGGGCAAAGGCGUGAUGGCGAGCACGACGGUGGAUCUGCAGAAGAGAAUCAUCGGAGGUCGACCGUGUGAGCGUCAGUAUCAUGUGAAACUGAGAGUGGCUGCUGUCAGAUCUUCCAGCUUCUGUGGCGGCUCUCUGAUCAGUGACCGCUGGAUUUUAACCGCAGCUCACUGCUUCAAACCAGACAGGACUAUGUUUGCAAAUGUUAGUGGACAUCCAGGCAGUCCAGCACAGGAAGUACAAAUCACAGCAGAACCAGUGAUCUACACUGACAGAGACAGCAGGUCUCAUGAUCUCAUGCUGCUGCAGCUACCCGACUCCUCCAGCGUUCAGCCUGUAGCUCUUCCUGACUGUGAAGAUCCUCCAAAAAUAGUUGAGAUCGCAGGUCAUGGAGCCACGACUGGAGGCCCAAACGAUGAGAGGAAACGAGGUGUAUCACCGACUCUCCAGUGUGCAGAAGUCGACGUUGUCAGCUGCAAAGACCUUAAUGAAACUGUGCAGAAACAUUUCCCUCGGGUCCACCAAGUCAAGGUGUAUCAACACUGGUUCUGUGGUCAGUCACCUGGAAAGGACAUUUGUUAUGGAGAUUCUGGUGGAGGAGUCGUGUACCAAGAUAAGAUUUAUGGCGUCAUUUCUUUUCUUGGUGAUCCUGACAAUGUGUGUAGAAAAGCAGGUGCGUUCAUGGACCUCUGCAAUCCAGAAUAUGCUAAAUGGAUCCGUGAAACGAUUGACAUCAAAAUGUCUCCUGUAUGAUGUGGUUAAGUGUAAAGACAAAUGUAUGAAAUACAUGAGAAACACAAAUUUUAAAUGGCCUCUUUGUUUUUUCUUAAAACACAGAAUAUGUGUCGUGCAAAUUAGAAGCAACGUUUGUAACGAUCUGUUUACAAUCUGUUCUUACAUACCAAAAUAAAAAUGAUCAGAUCAUCAAUCAGUUGUCUGCUGCUUUACUUUGUAUCAGCUAUGACAAGUGUGAGGGAAAUUCUCUGACGUCCCUUUAUUAUUCUGAUAUGUUAUUUUUGCAUAUGAAACCUAACAAAUACA